UUUUGGCUCUUAAUUCCAUACUUUGGCUCUAAAGAUCAGCGCUCUCCUAUUCAAAAUGGGACACCGUUGACUUAGCUCAGAAGUGGGAUCAUUGCAGAGGCAGUUUCCAUGGUAACGCCAACGUGGCCAAUGUGGUUACGUAAUGCCCACAUUGGACGGUGUUUAUGUUGUGGAUGAGACUUGAUGCAGCCUCAAUCGAUUUUUGAGGCUGCAGAUUCACAGACACUGUGCUGAUGUGGUUUGUGCAAAAUCAAGUUAGAGGUUUGCAACGUUUCAGCAGCAGCGCAGCUGCAAAAACAUGCAGGUCUGAAGCAGUCUGCGUUCCGUGACCCUUUUCCAAAAUGACCUCAGCGUUUUUGCGGACGGAGGGAGAGAAAUCAGAGCAAGUCACGCACCGAGUGUCCACGUGUGCGCAUUUGGAUAGGGCAGAGAAGAAGGGAUGGGGUGGGUCCUGUUAAUCCAGCUUGACUGAAGUUGGAACAGGAUCUUCAACCACGCGUCAUUGCGGAGAUGUGACGGUCGGAUGGGUCGAUCAUGUCACUGCAACAGGGCACUUCCAAGGAAAGUUCACAGUGUGAAAUUUAAAAAUGACAGUUUUAAAAGACAUCCCGGAGAAAUGGUUUCCAUUGGUUCUCCCAUUCAACAGAAAGAAAAAGGAAAGAGUUCAUGGAAGGAAAUCGAAAAAAAAGCAGACAGAGGAGGAGAGAAAGGUCAAAGCCAAUGACAGAGAAUACAACGAAAAGUUUCAGUAUGCGAGUAACUGCAUCAUGACAUCAAAGUACAACGUCAUCACUUUUCUGCCUGUCAACUUGUUUGAGCAGUUCCAGGAAGUAGCCAAUACCUACUUCCUAUUCCUGCUCAUAUUACAGUUGAUACCUCAAAUCUCCUCCCUGUCUUGGUUCACAACCAUCGUGCCUUUAGCUCUGGUGCUGAGCAUCACUGCAGUAAAGGAUGCAACAGAUGACUAUUUUCGCCACAAGAGCGACAACCAGGUGAACAAUCGUCAGUCUCAGGUCCUCAUCAGAGGCUCGCUGCAGAAUGAAAAGUGGAUGAAUGUUCGAGUGGGUGAUAUAAUUAAACUGGAAAACAACCAGUUUGUGGCAGCUGACCUGCUCCUGUUGUCGAGCAGUGAACCUCACGGGCUGUGUUACAUUGAGACAGCCGAGCUUGACGGAGAGACCAAUAUGAAGGUGCGUCAGUCUGUCUCGGUGACAGCUGAGCUUGGUGACCCGAACAACUUGGCUUCAUUUGACGGCGAGGUGGUGUGUGAGCCUCCAAACAACAAGCUGGACCGUUUUUGCGGGACACUGUACUGGAGAGACAAGAAAUACACCCUGACUAACCAGAACAUGCUGCUCAGAGGAUGUGUCCUCCGCAACACUGAGGCCUGCUAUGGCCUGGUCAUCUUUGCAGGCCCGGAUACAAAGCUAAUGCAGAACAGCGGACGCACCAAAUUUAAGCGUACAAGCAUCGAUCGCCUAAUGAACACUCUGGUCCUCUGGAUUUUUGGCUUUCUGGUGUGUAUGGGUGUGAUCCUGGCCGUGGGUAAUGCCGUAUGGGAGAGAGAGGUGGGAUCAUUGUUUCAGAGCUACCUGCCCUGGGACCCUCCUGUGGAUAAUUUCCUGUUCUCAGCCUUCCUCUCAUUUUGGUCCUAUGUCAUCAUUCUCAACACAGUGGUGCCAAUCUCUCUUUAUGUCAGUGUGGAGGUGAUCAGGCUGGGCCACAGCUACUUCAUUAAUUGGGACCAGCAGAUGUUCUGCUCACAGUGUAAUACAGCAGCUGAGGCCAGGACCACCACUUUGAACGAGGAGCUGGGCCAGGUUGAGUACAUUUUCAGUGACAAGACUGGAACUCUCACUCAGAACAUCAUGAGCUUCAACAAAUGCUCCAUCAAUGGACAACAUUAUGGUGAAGUAACAGAUCCACUGGGAACACAGCCAAAGAGGCUGGACUUCACUCCCUUCAACCCCCUGGCGGACCCGGACUUCUGCUUUUAUGACGAGAAGCUUCUGGAAUCGGUGAAAGUGGGGGACUCGCACACUCAAGAGUUUUUCCGUCUGCUCUCCCUUUGUCACACCGUUAUGAGUGAGGAGAAGACCGAGGGAGAGCUCGUUUAUAAGGCUCAGUCUCCAGAUGAGGGCGCCCUGGUGACGGCAGCUCGAAACUUCGGCUUUGUGUUCCGCUCUCGAACACCUGGGACGAUUACCACCACAGAGAUGGGCCAAACUGUCACCUACUCGCUGCUCGCCAUAUUGGACUUCAACAACAUACGCAAGAGGAUGUCUGUUAUAGUGCGUAAUCCAGAGGGCAGGAUCCGUCUGUACUGUAAAGGAGCUGAUACUGUUCUGCUAGAGAGACUCCACCCCUGUAACCAGGAAUUGAUGACUAUCACCUCAGACCACCUUAAUGAGUACGCAGCGGAUGGGUUGCGGACACUUGCUGUGGCCUACAGGGACCUUUCGGAGGACGAGUGGGAGGCUUGGUCGGAGAGCCACCGCUUCGCCGACAAGGCCACGGACUACAGGGAAGACAGACUGGCUGCAGCUUAUGACAAGAUAGAACAAGAUAUGAUGCUCCUAGGUGCCACAGCUAUAGAGGACAAGCUACAGGAAGGUGUCCCAGAGACCAUUGCUGUGCUCUCUCUGGCCAACAUCAAGAUCUGGGUUCUCACUGGAGACAAGCAGGAAACAGCCGUCAACAUAGGUUACUCAUGUAAGAUGCUGACAGAUGAAAUGACCGAGGUGUUCAUCAUCAGUGGACACACAGUCCAGGGUGUACGACAAGAUCUCAGGAGGGCGAGAGAAAGGAUGAUUGAGCUGUCACGAGCCAGAGAUGGGGGGAAAGCGGACGGGAUGGAAGGAUGGGCAGAGGCACAUUUCAUGGGUAACGGGUACAAAGAAGGACAAGGAGGAGAUGGUGCUGCUGAAGGAAGAGAAGGAAAACAGCUACAGUGCACUCCUGUCCCUUUACCUCCCACUCAUGUAAUAGACAGCAUCUCUGGAGAAUUUGCCCUCGUAAUCAGUGGUCACAGUCUGGCUCAUGCACUCGAAGCAGACAUGGAGGCAGAGUUUGUCUCAACGGCAUGUGCUUGCAAAGCAGUGAUCUGCUGCAGGGUCACCCCUCUCCAAAAAGCUCAGGUGGUGGAAGUCAUCAAGAAACACAAGAAGGCUGUCACACUGGCUGUAGGAGAUGGCGCUAACGAUGUUAGCAUGAUCAAAAGUGCUCAUAUUGGAGUCGGUAUUUCUGGUCAGGAGGGGAUCCAGGCCGUGUUGGCUAGCGAUUACUCCUUCGCCCAGUUCCGCUUCCUCCAACGCCUCCUCCUCGUCCACGGCCGCUGGUCCUACCUCCGCAUGUGCCGUUUCCUCUGCUAUUUCUUCUACAAGAACUUUGCCUUCACCAUGGUGCACUUCUGGUUUGGCUUCUUCUGUGGCUUCUCUGCCCAGACGGUGUAUGAUCAGUACUUCAUCACACUCUACAACAUUGUGUACACCUCCCUCCCUGUGCUGGCCAUGGGGAUAUUUGAUCAGGAUGUUCCAGAUCAGAGAAGUCUGGAGUAUCCUAAACUCUAUGAGCCCGGACAGCUCAACCUCCUCUUUAACAAGAGAGAGUUCUUCAUCUGCAUCACCCAGGGCAUUUACACCUCAGUGGUGCUUUUUUUUGUCCCUUACACCAUGCUGUCCGAUGCCACUCAGAGCACUGGAGUGCCUCUCGCCGACUACCAGACAUUUGCAGUCACCACAGCAACAGCGCUGGUUAUAGUGGUGAGUGUACAGAUUGCUCUUGAUACUGGCUUUUGGACAGUCAUUAACCAUGUGUUUGUGUGGGGCUCCGUGGGCGCCUAUUUCACCAUCAUGUUUGCUCUGCACAGCCAAACCCUCUUCAGGAUCUUUCCCAGUCAGUUCCACUUCGUAGGUAGUGCCCAGAGCACAUUACUGCAGCCUGUCGUGUGGUUAACUAUUGCGCUUGCAGCAGCAAUAUGCAUAGUUCCAGUUUUGGCAUUCCGCUUCCUCAAACUGGACCUCAAGCCUCAGCUCUCAGACACCGUACGUUACACUCAGUUGGUGCGAAAGAAGAGACGGAAGCCGGCAGGUUGCAGCACCGGAGGUGCCUGGCGUGGUGCAGGCAGUUUGUCAGAAGGCCGUCUGAGCACUCGCGGUGGCUCCAGGAGGUCAGGGUACGCCUUUGCUCACCAAGAAGGUUUCGGAGAGCUGAUCACUUCAGGAAAAAACAUGAGACUCUCCUCUUUGGCCCUGGCUUCCUUUGCCUCCAGACACAGCUCCAGUUGGAUCGACACACUCCGCAGAAAGAAAAAUAUUCAGACUCACACACCAUCAUGUGCUUCAGGGGAGUGCAGCCCGAUGCCCAGCAGUGUCACCGGGUCGGUUCCACCACUUUCAAACUCUUCUUCUGUUCUGGGCGGCUCACUAGAAACGCCUAUUGAGGAGGAAACAGUCUCAACACCAGCUCUGAACAUGCAGACUGACCCUUCAUCUUUCAUACAAACCCCAGCAGCUUUAGCAUCAUCUUCAGUGGCAGCUGCACCUCAGGGCUCAGCUCAAGCCGUUAGUGCUGAUAUCUUAACCACUACUACAGUGAGACCCCAUGGGAUAGACUCUGCUGGAGGCGUGACAUUCUCUCUGGGGACUGUGCAGGAAGGUCUCUUUGGAUGCAGGAGUAUCACCUCUAGUACCAGUGCAUCCAACAGUCCAAGCCCAACCUCUGUUGAGAGGGAAACCAGCCAUAUUGAGUAAAACUUAAAUUAAACACACAGUGCCCUUGUCUCAUAAAUAGAUAACAUCAGAAUUACAAGAGGAAGCGGUACAUUCUGAUGACAUGGACUUUCCCUGUAAAUGACCGUUUUUAUGUUGUGCCGAUCAGUCCUCUAAUGUAUGCUGUUAGAAGACAGCUUAUGAAAUACUUUGAAUGAGAUAAACUAUAUUUACGUGAAGAUCAGCAGCAGAUGCAGAAACAGAAUUUAAGGUAACUAGCUAUUUAUGUAAAAGACUGAUAUUUUACAAGCCUUAAAACUAUAACUCAAAGAAUCAACUGCUGAAAUCAACAGUGAGAUGGAUGAAUGAGAAAAAUAAGAAGUAAGUUGCAAGCAGUGUUAUAUGUCAGAGUUUUGUCUGUUGAAAAACAUCUGUGUUCAUUAUAGUUCUCAGUGAGAACGCUUUUUUCAUUUACAGAAGACUUGCAAGAUUUGGGCCCUUUUUCUCUGAUCUGCUACCUUUCUACUAUGUACUUUUUUAUUUUUAUUUUUUGUUUUGCAUCAUAUUGAUGUGUUAAAAUGGCCUGGUUUAGUUGCACAUUUAAAAUCAAGCUUUGGUGCUUUGAUUUAAAAGUUAGGCCUUUUAUUUUAUUUAUUUUAAGUUUAGGUCUGACAAAGACAAGUUCAUUUUAGUGUUCCUGAAACACAAAGUGAGAAUACAAACUGUAGCUGACCUGGGCAGAACAGAAACAAAAACCAAAUGUCAGCAAAUGAAUAUUUAAAGGUGGUUUGUCAAAUUCUUAAUAUAAAUAUUGACAUUGUGUGAGCGAAUGGUUGCGCUGAUUCAUGCUUAAAACACAGUCUGCAGUAAAAUUCUUUAAGUUUUUACUCACCCACGAUGACUUAAAAAUGCCACAACAUUUGUCGCUCUAUCUGGAUUCUGUUCAGUCAGUGUGUCUUUUUCCUGCAAAUGUUCCUGUCAAACACUGGCCCAUUUUGGGCUUAGAGAAUUAUCAAGUCGGGUAACAAGAAGAACUUCCCUUCAAACAUUUCUCACUUGCAAUGCAUAACUUUUUUUGCAAUGACUGCAAUGUACAGCUUUGGGCUUCCAUGAAUUCUCCUUGCAGCUUUUUUGUGGAGCAGUUUAAUGAUGAUGAAUAAAAAUGUUUUGUUUUGUUUUGUUUUUAA